AUGUUGCCGCAGGUCCAUAUUUUGAAUGCGCAUGCAGACGACAUCGCAAACCUGGUCUAUGACGAACUCACGAAAACAAGUUCAGUUAGGGACUGUAUGAAUAUCGACUGUAAAUAUUAUACAGCCUCGGUGCAGUUGAAGCUGAUUCCGUACUCAUAUUCAAAAACGGAUGUUAAGGGCACCGAGGCUCUGAUGAUCUGUUUCGAUUCGGGAAACCCAGAAAGCUGGUCGGUUGCUUGUGACUGGCUGAAGUUGGGAGAGGAGGAGGACAUUGCAGUUCAUCUUCUUAUAUGCGAUUCUUUAUCGAGUGAAAAUUUUCGCACAGAGGUCUUCAAGGAGGCCACAAAGUAUCACUUCGAGAUCGUCCAACUUUCUCCUCAUUGCGAUGAAAUAGAAGAAGAUGAGGAGUAUGGAGUUGCUAGAAUCACAGCAGCCCUGGUUGCUCAUCAGUGGCCCAACCUCGUUCUCAAAAGUUCGCAAAGGGAUAUUUGUGAAUGCGUUCCCGCAGGUCAUUCGCAGCGGAAGCCGAAGGUGGCUACUCCAGAGAAGAAGGCAAACCAAAAGGAUGCUUUUAAUGGCGAUGAAGAUGAAACGAAAAUUGAUAGCGAAAUGUUUAAUGAACUCUUUCCCAAACUCGUGGAAAUGCGAACAAGAUGUACCAGUAUGGAUCUCGAAGGUCGCCGAAAAAUGGCUGAAAGGGUGAGAGUUCUAAAGUUGCGUAUUUAA